AUGGCCAUGGAGCUUUCGUUGACCUCGGCCCAACCCAUGCUCCUGCUCCUGCUCCUACCUCUACUAUAUGUCCUCUGCCUACGUCGGAACACCAGGAAGCAACCUCACGCCGACGGCCUCAAGGCCUACCCCAUCAUCGGCACGCUCCCACACUUCGUCAAGAACCAGGACUGCCUCGUCGAGUGGUCGGCUGGCGUCAUCGCUCGUUGCCCCACGCACACCAUGGUCUUCGACUUCAAGAGCCUCGGCCUCAUGGCCGGUGCCAUCACAGCAAACCCGGCCAAUGUGGAAUACAUCGUGAAGACCAACUUCCAGAACUACCCCAAGGGCGAGUUCGUGGUGUCCGCCAUGGCGGAUUUCCUCGGCCACGACAUCUUCAACUCCGACGGCGACCAGUGGCUCUCGCAGCGCAAGGCCGCCAGCUACGAGUUCAGCAAGCGCUCGCUGAGAAACUUCGUGGUCAGCACCGUCCGGUUCGAGGUCGUCGAGCGGCUGCUGCCUCUGCUCUCCCGGGCGGAGCUACAAGGCCUGACGCUGGACAUGCAGGACGUUCUCGAGCGCUUCGCGUUCGACAACAUCUGCUGCGUCGCCUUCGACAAGGACCCGGCGUGCCUCACCGACGACGGCCUGGGGGUGAAUGGGCGUGCGGAGUUCAUGCAUGCCUUGAACGACGCGCAGAUCAUGGUCAUGGCCCGGUUCAUGUCGCCGGUCAAGUGGGCAUGGCGGGUCAAGAAGCUACUCAACAUGGGGCCAGAGAGGCGGAUGAGCAAGGCGCUCGCCACGAUCCACGGCUAUGUCGACAGGAUUGUCCGUGAUCGCAGCGAGAGGGGGGCUGCCGGGCUGGCGCGCAAGGACGACUUCCUCUCGCGCUUCGUCUCCAGCUGCGAGCACAGCGACGAGAGCCUUCGUGAUGUGGUCACCAGCUUCAUCAUAGCCGGGCGGGACACGACCUCGUCGGCGCUCACUUGGUUCUUCUGGCUCGUGUCCCGCCGGCGCGAGGUGGAGGAGAAGAUCGUGCGCGAGAUAUGCGGGGUGCGAGUGUCCAGCGGGAGUGCGGAUGCAGCCUUCAGCCUCGACGAGCUGCGUGAGAUGCACUACCUGCACGCAGCGGUCACAGAGUCCAUGCGGCUAUACCCGCCCGUGGCCAUGGACUCGCGCUGCUGCCAGCACGACGACAUCCUGCCCGACGGCACAUUUGUAGGCAAAGGUUGGCAGGUCUCCUACAGCGCGUAUGCCAUGGCGCGGUUAGAGGAGAUAUGGGGCGACGACUGUGCAGAGUACCGGCCAGAGCGGUGGCUCGACAAGGAGGGUGCGUUCCGGCAGGAGAGCUCGUUUAAGUACCCAGUCUUCCAUGCCGGGCCAAGGAUGUGCCUUGGCAAGGAGAUGGCCUACAUACAAAUGAAGUCCAUCGCCGCCUGCGUGUUGGAGAGGUUCAGCUUCCAGUUCGUCGGAGGCGAGAGUCGGCCAGGGCCUGUGUUCUCCGUGACCUUACGGAUGGAGGGCGGCUUGCCCAUGCAAGUGAAGAAGAGGGGGCCACCGAACAGCUAG